AUGGCCCUUGGACUCUGUGAAGCUUUGUGGUUGAAACUUCUCUUGCAAGAUUCUGGUUAUCAAUCUACACAACCAAUUCGACUAUACUAUGAUAAUAAAGCAACAUGUGAUAUUGCCCAUAACCUAGUUCAACAUGAUCGCACGAAGCAUGUUGAGAUAGACAGAUUUUUCAUUAAGGAAAAAUUGGAGGAAAAAAUUGUUGAAUUACCUAAGAUACGAUCUGAAGACUCUGACAUUCUUACCAAACAUGAUCAGUUGCCCAUUCAAGAAACUGCUUUUGAUGCCGUGCCUUCAAUGGAAAUGUUUCUGCAUAAUGAUCCUUUAUACUCAAGUUUGAACCUUGAACCAGACCAGAUCCUAAUUCCAGAGAAUUUCUUCUGCGAUUAUGGAAGUGCGAUGGGAAGGUUUGAAACUGGGAAUCAGCAGUUACUAUUGGAGAAUACUAAUAAAGAUAUAACUGUAGAGGAGCCUGUGCAGGAUAUGAAGAGAGUUAAAAGGCAUAGAGAAGUAAAAACCCAUACAAGUAAUUGCAAAAUCUUAUCAAAGGAAGCAAUUUCUAAGUAUUUUUACAUGCCAAUUACAAAAGCAGCAAGGGAACUUAAUGUGGGAUUAACCCUUUUGAAGAAAAGGUGCAGAGAAUUAGGAAUUAGAAGGUGGCCACACAGGAAGUUGACAAGUCUACAAACCCUAAUCAAGAAUGUCCAGGAGUUACGGCAGGAGGAAGGUGAAGGGAAGUUGAGAGAUGCAAUACAGAUUUUAGAGCAAGAGAGGAAAUUGAUGGAAGAGGUUCCUGAUUUGCAAUUGGAGGACAAAACUAAGAGACUGAGGCAAGCGUGUUUUAAGGUAAACUACAAGAAGAGAAAGCUCAUGGCUGGAAUGCCAUCAAUGAUAUCGAAAUCGAAAUCUGCAGGCUCUAGUGGUGAUAAUCCAGCAGCAAGUGUUGAAAUGAAUGCUUUAGAUUGUGGUGGAUCUAGGGUUGAAGAUGAAUAUGAUGAUGAUGAGAUAAAAUCUCUCUUGUGUUACUAUUUUUCUUCCAGCAGUGACACGAUCUUUUGA